UUCUUAAAAAUUUAAGUUUAAAUUUUGGAUCUGUAUUUAAGAAUUUUCACAAGUACAGAUGUGAAAAAUCAAACAAAUUCAAAAAGUGUUGCAUUUACGGCAGUUAAAUCUGUUUUACAUUACCGGCAUGAGAAUUCUUCGAUUUCAUUUGGGGUUUUACUGUUAAAAAAAAAUUAAAAAAUAAAAAAUAAAAGAAGCUCGUCACUCUACAGUGACGGAAACAACAGAGAGCCGGGUAGAAAUAAAACCCUCCAAAACCCUUCUGUUGAGGAACGUCGCCUAUUUGGCAUUGGUUCCAUCUGUUUUAGCAGAGCUCCGAUUUCGUGCAUUGGCCUUUUCCUUCCAGAUAUGGAAUAAGUCAGUUGCGAGGGCCUUCAUCGGUGGUUUGUUAUUCUUUGAAUCAGAAUGAGUCGGUCACAAGGGCCUUCAUCCAAUAAGCGGAAAAGGCCAGACUUGAAUUCACCUGCUGAUCCUCUAACAGAACAUGAGCGCCUGCUCUAUGACGUAAUCAGAAGCAAACAAGAUAUGGGUAUGUGGUCAAGAGACAUGAAAAGGGAGACCAACCUCCCUGAUAAUAUGGUUAAUAAAUCCCUCAAAUCACUCCAAGCCAAGAAUUUGAUCAAAGAGGUCGUGAAUAUUCAAAACAAGGGAAAGAAACACUUCAUGGCAUCAGAGUUUGAACCCUCGAAGGAAAUCUCUGGUGGAGCCUGGUAUGCUGGUGGGAGCUUAGACACAGAAUUUAUAACACUUGUGAGAGAACAAUGUGUAAAGCACAUAUUCCGUUUGAAGCUUGCUACUUUGGAGGGAGUUUCAGAUUUAAUUAGAAGGAGUGGGGUAUUUGCAGUUGACUUGUCGAAUCAGCAAAUUGAAGAGAUCAUGAAGGCUUUGGUUUUGGAUAAUGAAAUUAAUGAAUUGAAGAGUAAUGGAAGCGGGGAGUUUGCUAGUAUUCCGAAUGGAAAAACUUGUUAUAAAUGCGUAAGUAAGGAAAGCCGUGGGGGUGAAAAGGGAGGCAGUGGAGGUGAACCAAAGAUAGGGGCCUUGGCUUCCAUUCCUUGUGGAGUUUGUCCACAGAUAAAUCUUUGUACACCUGAUGGCAUAAUCUCCCCGACAACCUGUGUCUAUUACACCAAAUGGUUGGACUUCUAAAUCUACUGUAUUUAGCCACAACGUUUCAGUUCAGAUAUGAUGUCGCGAGAUUAAAUGUCAAACAAUUUUGUUCAUGUUGGUUGGUAUUAUUAGGAUUGUUAAUUGCUUAUAAGGUUUUAGUUGAGAGAAGAUUUGAGAAAGGAAAGAAUUGUGAUAUUGCAGGAAUUAUUUAUAAGUUGUGAGUUGUGAGAAAUAGGGUGGAUAUAUUAUGUAGAUGAUGACACAUUUAUGAAGAUGGCUAAACAAGAAGUAUUCUAUUUGAAAUUCUUGACUCUUGAAGCAACUGGUAUUCAACAAUGUUUUGAGACCGGAUUGGGCCUUGACUUGGUCAAGGGCUCGGUUCACAGUUUUACCGGUAGUCUAAAAAGUUUGAAAUCUUGCAAAAACACCC